AUGAUACUGGAGACCCCAAGGCAACUCUCAGGACCUGGCAUUGUUGAUAAGAGCCAGGAUACCGGAGAAAUUCGAAAUGGGUCUGAUGUGCAUGGUAAAUCCACGCUGGAUACAGAAGCUCAGGAUCUGACAGCCCCCCAAACGGAGAAGCCUUUGUGGUGUCGAAUCCGGCAUAAACUGCGUGAGCCUUUUUCCGAGUUCGUUGGUGUUUUUAUCAUCGUUCUUUUUGGAGAUGGAUCUGUGGCUCAGGUCAUUCUCAGUCAUGGACAGAAGGGUGGUUAUCAGUCGAUCAGUUGGGGCUGGGGGCUUGGUGUGAUGCUCGGGGUCUACUGCUCUGGCAUUUCAGGGGCUCAUCUGAACCCAGCAGUCACACUCGCAAACUGCAUCUUUCGCGGAUUCCCUUGGAGAAAGUUCCCCAUAUAUGCAAUCGCACAGAUACUUGGCGGAUUCGUCGCCUCUGGAGUCGUCUAUAGCAACUACAUACAUGCCAUCGACGCUUUCGAAGGAGGAGUCGGUGUUCGCACAGUAGGCCUUGAUACCUCUUCUGCGGGCAUCUUCUGCACAUACCCAGCCGAAUUCAUGAACAAAACAGGCCAGGUUUUCUCGGAAAUCCUUGCCAGCGCAAUGCUCAUGUUCUGCAUCUUCGCUCUGCUUGACAAUGACAAUAAUGGCGCCGGCAACCUGACACCGUUGGGCCUGUUCUUUGUGAUCUUUGGCAUUGGAGCUUGUUUCGGUUGGGAAACCGGAUACGCGAUCAAUCUUGCGCGAGAUUUUGGGCCACGGCUGAUGUCUUACUUCUUGGGGUAUGGGCAUGAAGUCCCAAUGGUAGCACCAUUUAUCGGGUGUACGUUGGGUGGAUUUUUAUACGACCUGCUCCUGUACACAGGCCCAAGCCCAGUCAAUACUCCGUGGAUGGGACUGGAUCGUCUGCUAAGACCCACGCCGAUGGUAUCGUCAAAUACUGAAACGGAUACUUAUGUUUAG